GAUUCUAGCAGCAAUACCAUUGAGGCACAGUAUGUGGAGAUGGAUAAUGCUACUAUUAACUUAAGAAACUUUUACACUAAGGCCUACCUAGGAGUGUCAGCCAAAGAAAUCCCAAAAUAUUGGCUCUUAUUUCAAGUAUCUGUGCCACUACUUGGAUGGAGCACCUAGUUUAUUUUUAAAGCUAGGGGACAAGGAGCAAGUAGUGGGCACAUGUCAGUUACGGAUACUUCACAAAAUGAGACAUUGGAGGUUGGACCUGAGAAUUUGAAGAUGUCCUUUUCAUCAACAUCUGGACAACUGAAACGUAUGACGAAUUAUAGAACAAGGGUGAAAGAUUUGGAUGUGGAACUUGAAAGUACUAAGCAGAAAAGUAAACAAAACCUGCAACAAGCCAUCUUAAUUGAAAGGGAAAGAGUUACUCAAAUGCAGUGGGAUAUGGAAGAACUUCGUAGGAAGUAUUUGGAGAUGGAGUCGAAGCUCAAGUUCGAACAGGAUGAAAGGAUUCAUUCGGAGUUGGUAAAAGUGUCUGCCAUUCAUGAGGAGCUAUUGGUGCAGGAAUUGGAUGUUGCAAAAGAACAACUUAAUAACCUGCAGAAACAUCAAGAAGAGCUGGAAAUGAAAUCAAAAGCAGAUAUUAAACUUCUUAUCAAAGAAGUUAAACAUGCUGGAUUGGAAAGUUUUAGGAGAGGCUUGAGCAAAGUGAAGUUCUUGAAAUGGUAA